CCUGGCGGCGUUACAACAUUUUUUCUAGACUAGCUUCAUUCCAACUCUGUCCGUGAAGUUGUGCACAUCGUUUUUACGCAGUGUCGUUGUUGACCGGGUCCUUUGUCAGUUCUUUAUCAAAUUAGUGAAGCAGCAAUUGCGUUUGCGAAUUGCAGAGUGAAUUUAUUUGCAGAUCUGUAAUUUCCACCGCAAGUCAAAGAAAGUUUCAUAGAUCCCACUAGUGUGGUAUUAACAAAAUUCCUAUAAAAACAAGUUGACGUGAAAUUGUUACUCCAAAGUGAUUGUUCAGUUCGAUGGUGUGGAAAAGGCAAGAAGAAAUCGGAAAAUAUUUUUAAUAUUUUUAUAAAGCGCCGUAAAUUGAAUAUUAUACAGUGUGUAUAAGAAAUUUGUUUAAAUUGUGCUACUAAACGGAAAAAAAUCCUGUUGAAGAGAGAUCAAGAAACGGAAUAUUUACACGAACAACCGCAAAGCGAAAGAGCUGCAAAAAGUGAUCGACAUCAUUCCAUCUGCAGAAGAGGUUUUAGUCCAGACGGCUAACUGCACAGACAGAGCGUAAAAGCUAUAGACAAAAGUUCCUUUAGGGAAAACCGGCAAGAAUUUCUGGAACACCUUCAGAUCGGAGUCGUGUGGUUAAUAUAAUUGCAGCCAGCAGCCACCCCCUUCGCUACCAAUAGCGACUGCAGCAGAAAUAUGAAUGGCUCAAGCUAUGAAAUCAACACGAAUGGCGAUAUUCUAUCACAGAAUCAGCAAAAGGGCUGGUGGACCAUCGGCCUCAUAAACGGCCUGUACAAGUACAUGACGGCCGAAACCUUCGGCUACAAACUGAAUGCUAACGGAGCUAGUCUAAAAAAGAAACAACUCUGGACACUGGAACCUUCCAACACCGGAGAAAGUAUUAUUUAUUUGAAAUCACAUUUGGGCAGAUAUCUGUCGGUGGAUUCGUUUGGCAACGUGCUGUGCGAGUCGGAGGAACGCGACGCCGGUAGUCGUUUCCAGAUCAGUAUCGCCGAUGACAACUCUGGUCGGUGGGCACUGAAAAAUGAACAGCGCGGUUACUUCCUCGGUGGAACGCCAGAAAAACUGACAUGCACAGCCAAAGCCCCCGGCAAGGGGGAAUUUUGGAGCGUACAUCUCGCCGCCAGGCCACAGGUGAAUCUACGCUCUGUUGGACGCAAGCGUUUCGCUCAUCUAUCCGAGUCACAAGAUGAGAUUCACGUUGAUGCCAAUAUUCCGUGGGGCGAAGAUACGCUCUUCACACUUGAAUUCCGUGCCGACGAAGAGGGGCGGUACGCACUGCACACAUGCAACAAUAAAUACCUCAACUCGACUGGUAAGCUGGAAACCAAAUGUACCGACGAUUGUCUCUUCAGUGCAGAAUAUCACAGUGGCCACUUGGCUCUACGCGAUCGUCACGGAUUGUAUUUGUCGCCGAUUGGUUCGAAGGCUGUGCUAAAAUCGCGCUCUCAAACCGUUACCCGAGACGAGCUGUUUUCACUCGAAGAUUCGUUGCCUCAGGCAUCAUUCAUUGCUGCUCUAAACAACAAAUAUGUAUCGGUGAAGCAAGGUGUUGAUGUAACUGCUAAUCAGGAUGAAAUCGGAGACAACGAAACGUUCCAGUUGGAGUAUGAUUGGUCCGCUCAUCGUUGGGCACUCAGGACUACUCAGGUAGAUCGCUACUGGUGCCUUUCAACCGGCGGUGGUAUUCAAGCUACUGGUAGUCGUCGUUCUGCUGAUGCUUUGUUUGAGUUAGUAUGGCAUGGUGAUGGAUCUGUGUCGUUCCGUGCUAAUAAUGGAAAGUUAUUGUCAACGAAACGCUCCGGACACUUGUUUGCCACGGCUGAUGCAAUUGAGGACACCACUAAAUUUUAUUUCUAUUUGAUCAACCGUCCAAUCCUUGUUCUGAAGUGUGAACAAGGGUUCGUGGGCUACCGUGCUCCUGGAAGCAACAAAUUAGAGUGCAAUAAAGCUGUUUAUGAAACAAUUCUGGUCGAACGCGCUCAGAAGGGUGUCGUUUACUUUAAAGGUCAAAAUGGCAAAUACUGGAGGGUCGAUGGGGAAGGUAUUGCCGCUGAUUCCGAUACACCAAUCGAUGGAUUCUACAUUGAACUGCGGGAACCAACACGCAUCUGCCUACGUUCCAAUGAUGGCCGGUAUCUCGGAGCAACUAAGAAUGGCACAUUCAAACUGGUGGAUACUGGCUACGAAACUGCCACUCAGUGGGAAUACUAAAUCAGCACAAUCUAGUAGUAUCGCAUUGGUUCGAGUAUACUCGCACUCGAAAUUUUAGCAUGUUAGGUUACUCUUCUUCUUAUCCUAAACUACACCAAGAGACUCGUCAAGGAAACGAAAAAAACUAAUACCGAACAUUGCAAAAUGCAAUCAACUUAUCUUACUCUUUUUAACUGGGUCUUAAAUUUUAUUUGUAAAUUGAAUUAUACUGUCCAUCUUACUGAUUAAAAAGGGGAACAUUUUAUACUAGCCGCCAACAAAGAAAAAAACUCUGUAACUUGUUGCGCUUGUAAUCGCUUUGGGACUUUUGAGCGAACGAUCACCUUUCUUUUCAAAUCUUCUAAGUACGAUGCCUGCGUAUAAUUAUUACAAUAUUCAUGCAUCAAAAGCAAAAUUAGUUGUAGUAUUUAGUGAUCAUUGAAAAAUAAAAUAAACUAUCAUAAAUAAAUAAGAAAUGGACGAAAAUAUGAUACUCACUCGAUCAUGUCUUUUGUUCCUUUUCUAUAGGAUCUGGCCACUUUUGAUAUAUUGAUAUUUAUGAAUUUCUUAAAACAAAUUCGUCGAUGUUUGGAGGUGCAGUUAGUUGACAAAGCAUCCGGCAAAGUAUGCAUCCAAUUUUUUUUAGUCCGCACAAAUUCACCGAAAAUAUGUGAUUGCUAUCUCAGCAUUGAUAUUAUGUCUAUGUUGCCUUUGGGGUGUUUUCCCAAGCACUACACAACACCAGUGUCAUGCCAAAUUGAUGCGAAAACUGCCAAAAUAUGAGAAAAAAUUCCAAGUACUAGAACGAAAACAAAAACAAGAUCUACUAACAUAACAAUCAAAUAACAAGCUAGGAAAACAAACGCAGUAACAUUGUAAAGUAUUUAUCUAGUUUUUAUUUCAAAACCACUUGAAAACUUUGUUAGCGGUGUAUGUAUAAUAUUUAUUUAUAGUGAUUAUGCGUUUAUCGACGAACCUUGUGUUAUAACAAUUUGUGUUUCGAUAAACUUAGAAACAUACUGUAGGUGCAACAAAAAAGUGUAUUGUGCAGCGAGUCAAAUCGAAUUGCACUUUUUACGAGUGAAAUGCUAUUCGAAAUAUUUUAUGACGAAUUUACGAGGAAAAAUACAAUAUACAGAUAUAUGCAAACGUAUGUGUGUAAUCAAAUCGAAUUGAGUAAAUAUUAAUAAUAAACUUA